AUGCCGAGAGCCUCUGAGCUCUGUUCCCGGGAUGCGGGGUCCUCUGAGCAAGCAGAUGUGACGCAUCAGAGCCGAGCCAAGAGGAGAAGGAGAGGUGGAACACUGAAAUGUAGGAGAAUUUGCCAGAGAGAAGCAGAGGAGGAAAGGAAACCGAUUUCUAUUCUGAUAAGGCUAUUCCUGGAAGAUGCUGCUACCUCCGUGUGGCUUUUAGCUUCUACAGUUUCUGGAACAGAAUCAUCCCACACUUUGUCCUCCACCCUUUCAGCAAGCCCUCCGGGAGAUCUAAUACCCUCUCCUGCCUCCAUCCUCUCACCUGACCUGAAGACCCCAUCACUUGACUUACUUUCACCCUCACCACUGGGUGACUCUGUGCCCCCAAAGCCCGUUCCUCCCUUGGCUUCCAAAUUCUCAGUGCACCAUUCCCCACCCCAUCACACUCGGGGGGCAGAUCCUGUUCUCCAGCCAGAGGCCACUUCGUCUAUAAAGAUCAUCUUUGCAUUUGACCCCAUCCUUUUCCAGGAUAUCGACCCCUUGCCAAAUUUAUCCCAGGCAGUAGAUCCUACUGAUUCCCAUGCUUGUCAUCACACACUGCCAACCCCGGCUUCACUACCACUAGAUGAUAGAGGUGAUGAAUUGUCCACUUAUGUCCCAACAAUCAGAGGCAUUGACCUUCAAGCCUUGCAAUUUCAGAAUUCUCCUAGUGGCAGCCUUCUGCCAAGGACUUGUUCCCCUCCAACUUGGCACCACGUGAUUUCAAGCAAGAGCUGCUUGCCCCCCACCUUUCUGAGGCCUCUUUUGCAGGAGACUCUACAGCCAACCUUACAGAACUUGAAGUGA